AUUAAUACGGAGCCCACUCCCACGUAAUUAGCUGAUAAACUAAGCCCAACCCAUAGAACAACCCUCAGCCCGAUUUAAAAACAAAAGGUUUGGUUUUCCUCUCCACAUCUUCUUCGAUCUUCGUCACCGCGAAAGCAAGAGGGAUCAGUUUUCUCGACCCUGAACUGUUGGUUGAGCAACUUACCGAAAAGGGAGAACUAACUUUGAGCAGAGAAAAUGUCUUUGGGCAAUGGAAUGAAGUCAUGUGCAAAGCUGCUGAAGUCUUCAGAACCAUUGUUGGUGAAAUCAGCUAAUCGAGGGUUUCACUCAACUGGUGUGAAGAGAAUGGGAGGACAUGCUCACGGGCAUGAUGAACCAUAUUAUUUGCACGCAAAGCAUAUGUACAAUUUGGAUAGGAUGAAAUAUCAAAAGUUGACUAUGACGCUUGGAGUUUUAACUGCAUUCAGCAUUGGCGUGGGUGUUCCAAUCUAUGCAGUCGUCUUUCAGCAGAAGAAGACAGCCUCUGCAUGAUUGACCAAACGAAUGCAUGUGCCAUUUUAGCAUCCUCUAUUGGUCUUGUUCGUUUUCUUAACGUUGCAUAAACCCAACCCUCGUGUCAAAAUGCACAGAAACUCGGAACGUGGAUUCUGAUUUUGGCAAUAAGUCUUUUCAUCAACAUCCCAUUAUUCGACAUUUUUGUUCCAUUCUCUUUUAAACAUGAAAGAUAUUUAAUCGUUUGAAUAUCAUCAUCCAUCCCUGCUUCUGCUUUUA